AUGCACGGCGGUGUCGUCCCCGAAAACGGAUCUCCACAAGUCGUAGCCACAUUCACAACACAAGAUCCGGACAACGAAUUUUACAACCGACAGAGCUUUGUGUAUGCCCUCACCAACGAACCGCAAGAUUUUCCGUUUGUCAUCACCGACAACGACUUGAAGACGACGGUUAGUCUCGACUACGAACAGAAGCAAUCGUGGCAGGUGUUUGUCCGGUCUACCGACAGCGGCGGUUUGUCGAUCGAUGAAGUUUUUCAGGUGGACGUAACAGACGUCAAUGAGAGACCAUCGAGCAUCUCGCUUGUUGGCGCAACGUCCGUUCCCGAGAAUAGUCCCGCAACGACGUAUAUAGGCCAGAUCGUAACGACAGACGUAGAUUUCAAUCAAACAUACACGUACAGCCUACAAGCUGCAAUUGCAAGUUCAAAUGGGCAGCAAGGAAAAACUCAGUGGAUAGAUGCAUUUGUACUUGAUUCGAAAACAGGGCGGCUGUCUGUUGGGACUGAUGGUCUGGACUAUGAAGCAGCGCGUCAGCUCACGCUGCGAAUUGUGACGACCGAUUCCGGCGAUCCAGCCUAUUCUUACAACGGUAGUGUGGUUGUAACGAUCGUAGACGUUAACGAAUCUCCAUCAGACAUUUCACUCAACGGCAGCGAGAUAAGUGAGAACAGUGCGGUUAACACCGUUGUUGGCACACUUACUGUCACAGAUCCGGACAACGAAUUCAUUACUCGACAGUCGUUUCACUGUCUGAUGCUGAAUAAAGCUACAAAACCGUUUAUGGUGACCAACAAUCUAACGCUUGUCGCUACCGAUUUCGUCGAUUUCGAGCAACAGCAGUUUUAUAUUGUAGAGGUACGCUGCAUUGAUAAUGGCAUCCCGUCACUGUACAUAGAAAAACAGCUCAAUAUCCGAGUGCGAGACGUUAAUGAACCUCCGGCCAACGUCAGUCUUUCUUCUCAAACAAUCAAAGAGAAUCAAGAAGCAGGAUCGCUUGUUGGCAUCGCAUCCUCUCAAGAUCCCGACAACGUAGGACGCUGGGCACAGAACGUUACGUACGCUAUUGUUGACCGCGACGUGCCGUUUGAGCUAAACGGUACCGACGUCGUAUCUACAAGAAAGCUCAAUUUCGAGAGUAAGUCGAUAUACGUUUUUCGUCUUGCUGCUAUUGACAGUGGAGUGCCCCGCAAGACAACAACGGUGGAGAUUGCCGUUGGUAUUGUUGAUAUCAAUGAUCGACCCCUGCUUGUUGAAUGGCAUAGUAAGGGCGUCUUUGAAAAUUCUACGAGUGGCACGCACGUCGGCUGGCUACACACCAUUGAUGAAGAUCGCGAUCAGUCGCACAACUACAGCGUUAUCGCACAGAGCGACAACCAAGGUCUGUUUGCAAUCGAUGGAAAUGCUCUUGUUGUGGCUAGUGGCGCGCUACUGGAUUUCGAAGAACAGUCGGAACACGUACUUGUAAUAGAGUCGACGGAUAACGGCACGUCUCCUCUCAGUGUUCAGAAUUCUAUCAUCGUUCACGUCGUCAACGUCAACGAGAGGCCAACGAACAUCGUGUCUUACAAAACAAUUGAAAUCAAUGAAAACAGUCCUCCGGGUACCUGGAUUACCAAUCUAUCAGUCAUCGACGAGGAUAUCAACCAACCUCAUACCUGUACACUCCUCAAUGCCACACAGUAUGUUACAUUGAUUGGAAGCGAUCGCUCAACACUAGUCGUGUCUCAAUCGGCACAAAUCGAUUUCGAGACAUUUGCCAAUAUUUGGGUCAACGUCGAGUGUCGAGAUUCUGGCGUUCCCGCGCUUGGUGUCCGUCGCGCGUUUCACAUUGCGGUGAUCGACGUGAACGAAGCGCCAACUAAAAUAAUUCUCAACGGAUCGAGAUAUCUGAGAGAAGACCUUUCCGUAGGAGAUUCGAUCGCCGAACUAUCGGUCGUCGACGACGACGCAGGUCAGAGCCACACCUACGCCGUCGUCGGUCGAAUGGCGGCCACUUUCACAGUCGACAACGCCCGACGCCAGCUGAUCAGAGCAAAUCUUCGUCGAAAUCGUUGUCAGCGACGACGGUUUUCCACAAUUGUCUUUUCAUCAGACGUUCACGUUUAUUGUCGUUGA